AUGGUGAGUAGUUCCCCCCUCCACCCCCCUCCCCUCGCCGAGCACACACAGCCUGUCCCGCCGCCCCAGGAAACACGCGCGCAUGCCGUAUUCGCCAGGAAAAAGAAACAGGCCAAAGAGGGGGACACGGGAGACGAGGCAAUGCUGGCAGUGCUAGUGCUGGCCGAAGUGGCGACCGACCGAGCACAGGAGCUGGACCGCCUGUAUCAAAUGCGAAACCCUCCCCGCCGCGGACACACGCCUCAGCUGUCCAUCAGCGAUGACAACCACCAUGUUACAGAGGCCAUAGGCGACAUGUACGGCGGAGACAGCGACACCGAGUCCAACAGACGCAGCCUGCGGCCCCUCAGCUUCCUGCCCAGCCCCAACGGCGACUCCAUCGCCCUUGACCCCUUCGACCCCUUCCCCAACUCGCCUCCUGCGCGAUCCCCGCUACGCCCGCAAAUGCCCUACGACCACCCCGCGACCCCAACCAGCCCGAAUGGCGCCCCGGACGCGCCCCCGACCAAGGCCUCGAUGGGCCGGGACCCCUCCAACAGCGGCCAAAUGUCGCCCCCGCUGUCUCGCUCAAACUCGGAUACCGCGUCCCAUCAGUUCCCCCUCAACAAUCUGGACUACGAGUCGAGUCCUGCUGGUUUGGCUCAGGAGCUGAGUAAUCUGCAGGCUAUACGGAGGAUGUCCAUGGGUGUUAACAAUGCCGAUCCCGAUCUGCCCUCGUUCAAGUCGGCAAACUCGCCCCCGUCUCCGCCGGCCACGUCGGCGGAAGACGAGUCGAAUCUGUUCUGGGUUCCUGCGCGAUUGCAUCCCGAAUUGGCACCCAUGGAGUUCAAGACAUUUAUCGAGGACAAGAUUGACAAGACGAGGCGCCGCUCGGGGGACUCCGACUCGCUGUUUCCGGACAAUGCUCUGGGGCGCUCGGGCUCGGGUGCCGGGCUGCGGCGGAAGAAGUCGAUGCUGUCGAGGCAGAUUGACACGGGCGCAGGCUACAAGGACGGGGCGGAGAGGCUCGAGAGGAAGCGCUCUGGCGCCUCACCGCCCAGCGGAGGCCUGGCUAACCUCCAGGAGCUCGAGAACAUCCAGGAGGAUCCCGCGUUACGCAUGAGACGCAUGAGCAUCGACCACAAGAACACGAGUCCAGAUGGCGACAUGGGCGACGAUGGAGACUUGCCCAUUGUGCCGGGCAGUAAGAUGGGUGGCCUCGGUACACUGAAGCGAUCUACACGCACCACGUACAGACGUGGCAGCCUACGUAAGGGAGGUCCGGCCCUCUCGCGGCGUCUUGUUAGCAAUCGACAAGCAGAAACCGAUACGGAAGACUCUCCAUCCACAUCACCCGUGCAUUCGGCCGAAGGCAUUCCCGAAGUCCCUCCGCUGCCACUUGCGCGCACCCACUCGGAGCCCGUCAACUCCGCCUUUGAGGGCUCCAACGCCAACUUUGCAAGGCCACACCUGAACCGCUCGGCGUCGGGCCUUGCUUCAGAGAGGCCGGGUUCUGCCGAAGAACCUCAACGGUCAGCCUCUACCGAGCCCCAGUCACAGGCCCAAUCGCCGCCGCAGGCCAGGAAAUUUCACUCCAGAAUCGCUUCGAAUGGCCGGACAACGGCACCUCUACCAGGUUACACGCCUCCACAACACGUGCCGCAGAUCAUCGAGACACCCCCGCAGGAACAGGAAAGGAAACCACCGCUGCAGCUACCUGAACGUUCGUCUUCACGCCAACUCCCGCCGUCCUCGCAGCCACUUCCGCCGCCCUCGCAGCAGCAGCCAGCUGGCCCUCGCAGCUACCCCCAGCCUCAAUCCCAGCCCCCGACCCAGCGACAGAACCCUUCGACCCGACCGAACCGCCAUGCUCAGGCUGCACAGGCGUCUCCCAUUAAACCUUCCCAGUCCAUGGACGAUUUAGUAAGACAUGCGUCACCGAUGCCGGGCACUACAAACAGAGUUGACUCGCUGUCCAUUAUACCGACGGCUCCUGAGGAGAAGAAGUCGGACAAGAAGUCCAAGGAAAAGAAGGAUAGCUCUGACGGAGGUCCGAGGAAAACAAGCUGGGGCUGGUUCAGCGGCGACAAGGAAAAGGAAAAGCACGAAAAGGACAGGGACAGGGAUGGCGCUAAGAAGAUCAAGAACAAGCUCAGCAAGCCUCAAGAAAAGGGCCAUGACGACACCAGACUAGACCUGUUGCAGACAUCAAUACAAGGCGGUGGCCGUGGGCGUGAAAGCGUGGUGCUGGACCGUGACAGCGUCAAGCUGGAUGAGGAACGCAAAAAGGAGAGUGCGCGAAAGACGUCGAGCGACGGCAAGAAGGAGAAGGAGCCCGGUCUGCUGUCAUCUAUCUUUGGAGGUGGAAAGAAGAAGGGCGAAAAAGAGUCGUCUCAUAAGAAGAACGCUUCUCGCGGACUAUCACCAGACCCCCCGGCACGCAUCCUCAAGCCCGACAUUGACUACAACUGGACCCGAUUCUCGAUUCUCGAGGAACGCGCCAUCUACCGCAUGGCUCACAUCAAGCUUGCGAACCCCCGUCGCGAACUCUACUCGCAGGUUCUGCUGAGUAACUUUAUGUACUCGUACCUUGCAAAGGUGCAGCAGAUGCAUCCGCAAAUCUCCAUUGGCAACUCGAAGCAGGCAAAGCAGGCACAACAGGCGCAGCAAGCACAGCAGGCCGCGCAGCAGAAGAAAGAGCAGCAGCAACAGCUAGCCGCUCAGCAAGCGCAGCAAGCACAACAAGCAGCCCAGCAGCAGCAGCCAGAGGAGUUUGCUCAAUAUCAGCGGUACCAGCAGCAACAGCAGCAGCAGCAGUAUGAGCCAACAGAUAAGCCAAACGAGUGGCCUAGUGUCUACCAACAGCAAGAAAAUGGCUUCUCGCAACAACCCCAGCAAAACGCCAACCAUCAAAGAGGCGGAUCUCAAGGCAGCGCAUACAAUCAGCCCGCACGCGACUCACAUCACUCGAAUUACAGUGUCAAUGGCGGGGGCAACAAUAGCGGGUACAGCGUGGCCAAUGCCCAAAACUACCUGGGCCAGCCUAGCAAGAGCGGUUAUAAUCAUUAUGCGGAAUCGGACCAAGGCGCCAAGACCGCAGAUGAUGACAUGUGGUGA